AUGACAAGCACAAAUACCCCCCUCACGCUCGGCGAGACCGCCCGACCCGUCAAACCGCGCGUCGUCGUCACCGGCGGUUCCGGCAAACUCGGUCGCGCCACCGUCGCCCACCUCUCCUCCUCUGGCUACGAGGUCAUCAACUUCGAUCGAGUUCGACCCAAGACCGCCUCGGAAGAUGGCAAGACCGGGUUGCAGGGAGCCUACCGCUUGGUCGAGGUGGAUCUGACCGAUAUGGGUCAGGUGCUGGAGGCGAUGAUGGAGAUCGAUAUGGCGUACAAGUCCAUCCAAGCGGUCGUUCAUCUGGCUGCCAUGCCUAGCCCGGGUCAGAGCAGUUCGAGUAAGCAGUUCAACACCAACGUCGCUUCCACCUACAACGUCCUCGAAGCGUGUAGGAAGCUGGGAAUCACCAACAUCGUCAUGGCUAGCAGUGAAACGUUGAUCGGAAUCCCACUGGAUAUCAAGCCUGCCAAGUUGCCGAUUACGGAGGAGUCGCCGUUGUUGCCGGAGAGCGCAUACUCUUUGAGCAAGUUGGUCGGGGAGACGCUGGCGGAACAGUACGUGAGGUGGUCCCAACAGACGCACCGAACUCCCACCGGUGGCGAGGCCAAGAUCAUCAGCAUGCGAUUCAGCAACGUCAUGCUCGAGGAGGAGUACGCCACCUUCGCAGGAUGGCAGGACGACGCCCGCAAGAGGUACUGGAACUGCUGGGGUUACAUCGACGCGCGCGACGGUGCAGAGGCGAUCAAGUUGGCCGUCGAGAGCAGGUUGAAGGGACACCACGCGUUUUUGAUCGCCAACAACAACACGGUCAUGAAGAAGAGCUCCAAGGACCUGGUGCAAGAGGUUUUCCCCGGUGUCGAGUAUUCGCCACUCAACGACAACCCGAACGUGACGUUGUUGUCGAACGAAAAGGCCAAGAAACUGUUGGGUUGGACGCCCAAGUACGACUGGAAGCCUUAG